GGAACAAAGAAGGAAUGAUUUCCCCCCACCAGGGAAUCGAGCCUGGUUCACGGCGGACUUGAAGGAGGUGAUAUUUAAACUAUGCCGGGAGAUGGAUAAGGUACUCAAGAUCUUGGAGCUGAUCACACAGAAGCUGGGAGGAGCUCAUCAGAUCAAUGGAACCAACACAACCAAACCUGAACUUACUCAGGACGCGCUGAAGCCGAUAGAGGCAAACCAAGGAGGACAAAAUCGAGUUGGACCAAGCACAGCGGGUAUGAAGACGGCUGAGGCUGAAGAUAAGGUGGAGAGGAUGGUAUCGGAGGUGCCGAAAGAGGUCAAUGACUUGAAGCUCCUAAAGUACGAUAUGGCAGCUGUGAAAGGCGCAUUGCAAAAGAUCAAUGAGCCGACGCGCACCUUCACACCGAUCGUGUCAUCUUCGGUGCAUCCUAAUGGGCACGCGGAGACGAUUGCUGAAUUGCCAGUUUCGGUGCACAGGAGCCGUAGCAUCCCGAUUCGGAGUACACCACGCCAAAGCAUACCGAGCCGAAGCGCACCAACCAGGAGCAGACUUGGACGCCUAAUCCCUCCACAUCCUAAGAGGGGACGCACGAGGAUCACUCGAAACGUGACUGCAGCCAGGUUGAAGGCGAGACGCAACAUUAACUUCGGAGUCGAACCGAUGUCAGACACUCGCCUCCUGCGACUGCACUAUACGGAUCUGCAGUAUCUCUGCAAGCUGCAUGACAUCAGAUACAAGGACAAGCUGCAAGCGAUUUCGGCAUUAAGGCAGGUUCCGGGUCUGAUCAACCACAAGGGGAGAGACUUCAACCGAGAUUCGGACCUGGAAACGCAGAUCAUGCCAAAUCCGGAUAACAUUAGAGUGUCCAACAAUACUGACAACGAUACACAGGAAGACGACUAUGAGAGUCUCAGCACAAGGUCCAGCGGAAGUGAUGAAUACGACUCAUCAGAUACAUCGACCAUCGCGGAAGACCUAUCGGGAAGGUAGAUGACAUAUCAGCAUCGGGCAACCUCGCCACGGCGCAG